AUGACGGAGACAUCCGCACAGACGGAGUCUGGAGUCGUGCAACCCAAGCCGCAGGCAUUGCCACGUCGGACAGGUCCUUCAUCGAUCGUUGUCUCCACUAGACAAAAAGGAAAUCCGAUCUUGACCAACAUCAAGAAUAUGCCCUGGGAAUACGGCGAUAUCCUUGCUGAUUAUCAGAUUGGUCAAACGGCAUGUGCACUGUUCCUUAGUCUCAAAUAUCACCGCCUACAUCCCGAGUACAUCUACGGCAGAAUCAAGGGUCUGCAGGGCAAGUAUAACCUCCGCAUCAUUUUGACACUGGUCGACAUCGACAACCACGAGGCCAGUCUCAAAGAACUUAGCAAGACAUCGGUCAUCAAUAAUGUCACUGUCAUAUUGUGCUGGUCAGCAGCGGAAGGAGCUCGCUACCUCGAGCUAUUCAAGAGCAGCGAGAACGCAUCCUCGGCGUCCAUCCGUCAACAUCAAUCCGACCUCUAUGCUGAUCGCAUGGUCGAUUUCGUGACCACCCCCAGGGCCAUAAACAAGACAGAUGCCGUCUCUUUAGUAUCCCAAUUUGGAACGAUCCGCACUGCUGUCAAUGCUCGCCAUGAAGAUGUCGCCACCAUUGCUGGUUGGGGAGAGAAGAAGGUUCAGCAAUGGUGCCAGAGCGUCCAAGAGCCAUUCCGCGUAGUCCGUGCAGGCAAGCGUGGAAUCGAUCUUGAGAGGCUCAAUCUCGUGUCGACGCAACCCAUCUCAAGACAGCCAACCCUCUCCCGCGAUCUCUGUGGGUUGAGGCCUCGGGUCCUGCGGGAAGUCGUCCGGACAUUUCAUUUGAUGCCAGCGAUCCUGUCGCUGUCUCAGACUUCGGCACAGGCUGACAAGCGAGAUAUCUGA